GCUGAUUUAAACCUGACUUUUCCUUAUUGGGUUAAAAAUUAUUAUCCUGAGAAAUUGGAACCUUUGACGAAAAUCAGUUAUAUUAUUAAGAUAUGGAAUCCUCUGUUGCAAAAAUUGCGUGGUGGACCUUUGGUACGCGCAAUCGUAGAAUCGAUGCGAAAUAAAACCAAAGGUAUCCUGAAUCCCAAUGCAAGGAAAAUGUAUAUGUAUAGCGGCCACGAUGGUAGCGUUACUUCAUUAUUAGGAAGUCUGGGAGUGUGGGAAUUGCAAAUGCCUGAUUAUAAUAUUAUGACCAUGUUGGAAUUACAUGAAGAUCAAAAUGGUUGGAACGUUCAGAUAUUUUUGAGAAACUCUACAAAAGUCGAACCAUAUUCUCUAACCCUUCCAGGAUGCUCUACGAUUUGUCCGUUUAAUGAUUUUUUGGAGUUAGUGAAGUCAAUAAUCCCCGAGGACUGGGAAUCCGAAUGUCAAGUUGAAGAUUCAAAUUAUAUACCACCAUCGCCAUCACCUCCAUAAAAUGGUGACCACAUAUUUUCGAAACGAAAUGUAUAACACAUCAAUCGACUCCAGAACUUCUAUGGCAGUUCUAACAGAUUUUAAUACCCAUUGUGCCCAACAGCUUUACAGACCACGUCAGAUGUAAAAAACCAUAUGGAUCCCUUUUUAUUAGUAUCUCCUCUAUGGUUGCAAUUUGUAAAAAAAUAUUUUCAUGCACCUAAUUGGAAAUACAUUUGUGCAUUGAUUAUGCCAACAGAGUCAUAACCCAUAUAGUCAAGAAGUUGGGUAUUGAUUCUGUAUUCAUUAAGAGGUCUCCAAAAGAAUUUUAUAGAUUUAUAUCCGUAAACACGUAUAUAUUAGUAAAAAUAUAUUAGUAAAAAUUAGAAAAUGGUGAGAUCUAUUGAAAGCGAUAUUGUUUAAAUAAAUAUCAGUUGUAAUUUUUUUUUCAAAAUCAUA